AUGAUUAUGACUAAUUCAAAAAGAAAUAAUCAUGCUUCAUCAAAAAAAUUUGGAUUGAUGCAACAAGGUCAACAAAAAAUCAAAUUAGAUAUCAAAAAGCCUCGUUCGAUCCUACCACCUUUGGAGUUACCUUACCCACCAAAAAUUGAAUUAGAUAGUGUUGUGGCUAAACUUGUAUCCAAACCAAAAUUGGCACGUUUCCCUAAUGCCUUUAUCAUGUAUCGCAAUGAAUAUGUUCAAUAUUUAAAAGCUAAAAAUAUUCAUCUAUCGAUGACUGAAUUGUCUCCCAUGGUCGCAGCAUCUUGGAAGAGAGAACCCGAAUUUGUAAAAGAUACCUAUACUCAAUUUGCUGGUGAGGCUGAAAAAUUGUAUAUAAGAGCAGCUGCUUGUCAACAGCAACAAAGGAUAUACAAAUUUCAAACAAAGAUUAUUAUUGGUGAUCCAAAUCCAAUCAUAACAACAACUACAACAAAUAAUGAUAGUUUAUUGUUAUCUAACAUUGAAAGUGAUUAUUCAUACCCUAACAAUGUUAUAAAUAAUAAUUCGUUUUGUUGUACUCAUUCCAAUAAUCACCCUCCUCAUUAUUUUGUCGCUCGUUUUUUUGACGAUUGA